AUGGAUGGCGGUAAGUGUAACUGUGGAGAUGGUGGUAAAAGUGGGACUGCACAGAAGGAUUCAAAUAUGAAAAAUCCAGGUCCAACAAUAAGCCUUAUAGAAAAUGACUCAGAGCAGAUGAUUUUCUCUAGUGAAUGGCUUGAUGAACAAAGUGACCGCUCAGGUAUCAUUGAAUAUAAGUGCAAGACUUACUGCGUAUGGACUGUCAAGGCUGCUAAAACGAACAACAAUGGGUUUAAGAUAAAAGAAUAUAUAGGUCCACAUAGUUGUAAGCCAGCAAAUGUGAGCUCAGAUUUUCUGGCAGGUGAGCUCAAAGGUCUAAUCAAGGGUCAACCCUCGCUCUCAGUUGCAGAGCUAAACAUGUGGGUGAAAGAAGAAUUUGGCUGCACAGUCUCGUGUACUAAUAUGCGGGAUGCUAAAAAGAAAGCUUUCAAUGCAAUCUUGCGAGAUUUGGACAAUAGUUUUAACAGAUUUCCCAAGUUCAUGGCUGCCCUUAGCUCAUCUAACAAGAUGUGUUUUGGGCGUUUCAACAGUCAAUUGUUGGUUGCAGCGGGGUUUGAUGCAGAAAACAGGUUUUUUCCACUUGCGUUUGCGAUUACUACCCAAGAAAGUUUGUCAGCUGAUACCUGGCGUUGGUUCUUUGCGUGCAUCAGAGAUAAAGUAACGCAAAGGGAAGGCCUUUGUCUUAUAACAAGUCUGAGUCCUGACAUAGUUGAAGUUGUUAACGAACCUGAGUGUCUGUGGGCACAACACCGGUUUUGUCUUAGGCAUUUGUGCUUAAAGUUUUAUGAUGUUUUCCAUAACAAUCUCAUGACAGAGUUAGUUUACAAGGCUGGAUCCACGAGGGACAAAUCAAGUUUCGAAUACUACUUGAAGAAAAUCGAAAAGAUGGACCCAGAGGCUCGAAAAUGGUUAGAAAAAAUGCCUCUAUAUCUAUGGGCUCUGGCUUACGAUGAUGGUGGGAUUAGAUUCGGGAUCAUGACUACAAACACAAUCUUUAAGACUUAUGGUUUCAUAGACAAUCUUCGAAUAAUAACCUGCAUCUUCCUAAUCUUUGAUCACCUGGCAGAGCUUUUCAAAUCUCGACAUGGUCGUCCCGCGGAUUCACCGAACGGAAUAGACCAGUACGCUAAACAUGUGAUGACAAAUCUUGAAGAAUACAAGGUAGCUUCUCAAACACAUGAUGUAUUGCCAUUAGAACAUACCGGAGAGAGGUUUCAGGUCACAGAAAUGAUGCAAGUUGGAGAGAAGAGAUUUGUUGUUCAUUUCAGCAACCGGGUAUGCACAUGUGGGAUAUGGCAACUUUGCAAAUAUCCGUGUUCACACGUGAUAGCAGUUUGCAGGAGGAUGAACAGUGACCAUUUGCAGUAUAUAAAUGACUACUACAACACUGAGAGUUCUCUUCGAGGUUACGCAGCUGCUUUUAAUCCGCUUCCGGGAGUCUCUGAUUGGCCAGAAGCUUCUGAAGUUCCAAGACUGUUACCUCCUGGAACUCUUCCGCCAUCAGUUGUCUGUCCAGUGACAACAGAGCUAUCGCGCAACGACACAUCUACGAGUAAGUUGGUAGUAGGCAGAAAACGAUCCAAUGGUAAGAAACAGGCCUGA